UUGACGGUGUCUAAUUUUAUAUGAUGUCGUUAACCCCCUUUUCCGUUAUGUUUUUAUUUCCUCAUUCAACACCCCGACUAGCUGGUGGCGGUAAUGCGCCAUUAACAUCGGAUGCCAACCGCCUUUAAAUCCCAUUGAAGGGGAAGUUUUAUUUUUCAACUACUAUGUUUGCCCACAAGAAGGCAGAGAACAGCGACAUCGAUCAUGAAACGUCAUCAUUAUGAGACCGACCAUCGUAUGUUAUUUUUUACCUUUUUUCGACCAUCAUAUGUCGUCCAUUCAAGUUGUGUUCACUACUUGUAUUUUGAUGAUUAUCCAUUAUUUGCCUGCUAAUUCUGCACAAUAGUAAUAUAGAAGCAUAUUAAACAGUAGUUGGAACGUGUCUGAAAGCAGAGUUUUACGUUGUCAUGGCGACUCCAGGGGGACAGGGGGGAGGGGCGUUGUCUACAAGAGGAGGAGCUAGGAGGAUGAAAUGGGCUUUGGAGCUGACAUUGGGCAAUGCCAGGGGUCGUUGUGACAGACAGAGUAACCAGGGAGUUGUGAUGUAUCCAAUUGGCUAUUCAGACAAACCAGUCCCAGACACCAGCAUCCAGGAAUCAGACAAAAACCUGGUGGAGAAGCGUUGCUGGGACGUAGCUCUGGGGCCUCUGAAGCAGAUUCCUAUGAAUCUAUUCAUUAUGUACAUGUCUGGUAACACCAUAUCCAUCUUCCCCAUCAUGAUGGUCUGUAUGAUGGCCUGGAGGCCCAUCCAGGCUCUCAUGUCCAUGUCUGCCAGUGAUGUCUCCUCCUUCUCUCUAAACAUUACAUCUUUGUUGCUAGACAGGAAGUUAAGUGAUGUGUGUAAUAAACUGUUCCUUCUCCCUUAAUCUGACCUGACUUGACCUCGGGCCCCAUUCCUCACCAAACCACAUCUCUCCACCCUUACCAGUGACCUCAACCAUGUGAUUGCCUUUUCCCUCACUUAGUAACUCUCCAAGCCCAUGUCUCGUAUCCACCCUUAAUUGACCCCACCAUAUACAUUCCUCCUAUGUAUAACCAUUAACUUCUGGUGUAGCAAGUAUUUCAAAUAAUAACGCAACAACUGAAACCAGAGUGUAGCCCUUCUCCACUCCAUAGGGUUCCUAAUAUCUAACAAUAACAUGUUCUGUUAGAAUGUAAGCUCUCUGCAUUCUACUCUCUCCCUUAGUGACAUGAAUAAGUAUAUUUCAAGUUUAGAAGUCAGUACCCAUCAGUCCCCCCUUUUGAAUAAUAACGCCGUACUGUUCAACAUUAUAUACACUUGGAAAUUACUUAUAAAUGAACAAAAAAUAAAACAUUAACAACACAGUUGAUUAUUAGGUUUACACCUCUGAGACUCGUGGUCUCUGAUAUGUAACUACACUAUGCAUACUUUUAUGUUCAUAUUUCGUUGGACAACUGAUAAUGACAUUUCAGCUGGAGCUUUUGACUUUCUUCAUGUCCUCCUUCUGGUUCCUAAGAGAGUGACAGCACAAGACUUGAAAGCAAAAAGAAACACAAAACAUAACAAGUAUUAAUAAUAUGGUAUGCAUAAACUUAUAUAAACUCAGCAAAAAAUGAAACGUCCUCUCACUGUCAACUGUGUUUAUUUUCAGCAAAAUUAAUUAUGUGUAAAUAUUUGUAUGAACAUAAGAUUCAACAACUGAGACAUAAACUGAACAAGUUCCACAGACAUGUGACUAACAGAAAUUGAAUAAUUUGUCCCUGAAC